AUGCAGAAUCAUCAAAGAUCGCCCAUGUUUGAUUUCAAUAGCAACAGUUCUAGUAGCUUCCAUCAGCAGUAUCGAUAUGGCAAUAUACUGAAUGACGCUGUCGUUGUAGCUGCCAAUACCAGCAACCUAUCGGAGGAAGAAGACCCAUUGCCGUCAUUUGAAGAGUUUCAAGGCAUUAUCAAUGACUAUCUUCAGAAUUUGAGCCCCAAGAAAAGAGACAAGGCGCUUGUGGAUCAUGCUCGUUACUGCCUUAUACAAGAAGUGCUCAAGAAUCCUAGAAAUACGUCAAUUUCAACAGCUCAGUUCAGGUUCUGGGUAAAGAAAAUGUUUCAACUACAGCCUGGCUCGUAUGAUUUGGUUUGCCAUGACAACAAGCCUGUUGCUAUGAGAGAGCAGAUUUACGACAUUUUAGUGAAUGCUCACAAAGAAGCCCAUCAUGGUGGCAGAGAUAAGACAUCAGCUAUAGUCAGAAAUCAAUUCUCCUGGAUUCCUAAAGAAUUGGUUGCCAGAUUUGUACGCCAAUGUCCCACAUGCAUCAGCAGAAGAAAUGGGAGUCAAUCAUUGAGUGCGUACACAUCCAAGACAUCAAGCCCUCGUAUAGACUACUCGGCCCCAUCGUCCGCUUUCACCUAUGACAUGGCUGCUGCUGCUGCUGCUGCUGCUGCUGCCGCUUCUGCUACAACACCUACCUUGCUCUAUACACCUUCUUCUAAAGCCGAGAGCGACAUGUCUACCUCACCAUCCACCACAGAUAACACAUUUAAGCGAUCUCCCAAUAGCAACAAUUACAAUAUAAUAAGCCCCUCACCUCCCAGCAAGCGCCCAUUCUUUGGCCAGGAUGGCUUAUAUGAUACCACUAGCGGCGACCAUUUUGCUCUAGAUUAUCCUACACAUAUGUCUCCUACUACUGGCAAUCGUUCACCUUAUUAUCGCCGUCGUUCAUCUGCUCAAACACCUCAGCUGACACCGCCUUCGCAACCUGAGUUUGUUAGCUAUACUACUUUUACUGCUAAUACGCCUUCCUACUACAAGACAAUGAUAAGCUCAUACCAGCGCCAACCUAUGCUUGAACCCAGUGCAAGCACACUUGCUGGUUCUAAUGACUUUUCUUCUUCUGCUGCCGUUAUUGUUGCUACUCAAUCGCCCACAUCCGAUGCUAUUUUUGCAAUGGAUCGAUCUACUAGCAUCUUAUCCCAUAAUACAGAUACUCCAUCAUCGAUCUAA